AUCAAUGCUCUCUAUUUAUGGUUUUCAUUUGUUCGUUUACUCGUCAAGUUGUGAAACGCCCUGUAUAAAACAUACUUUCAGUUUUGCGAGAUAUUGUAUAAGGAUGAAAAAUUUUCCAUGGGGUAAGACCAUUUCGGAACACCCAACAUUUCGUUUUCUUCUGAGAAUGUGCCACAAUAUUCAUCACUUCUUUCACUUGGAAUUUUGACCGAGUCUUGCAAAACCAUAUAGAACCUAUCAAUUUACUUUCCUCAUCACGGGAAAUACAGAAGUACCGUAUUAUUCAUACGACGCUGACUAGCAAAAAAGAAGGUAGAAGAAGUAGUCUGACGUCAUUGCUGCAAAGCUGAAAGUGUCUCGAGAUAUCGAAGAGAUGACUGCCGAAUACUCUUCGAAAAUACUUCGGUGUGACAUGCCAACUCGAGAUGAGCUUUCUUUAUGAUAAUAUGUGUAGCGUGUUCAAGGUGGUUCUCUUCAUUUUGAUCUGGAUAACAAUAAUAGCAGUUGCUGCAGCAGCGGAUGCUGAUAUUAAUUGUAUCAGAUUGAAGCAUUGUCCACUAGCGCUGAAAUUAGUUGAGACCAGAAGGAAUGAUCCUCAGGUGAUCAAGUUCCUCAGGUUCACCCAUUGUGGAUUUCAGGGUAAAGAACCUAUGGUAUGGUGUAAUAUGUUCGAAAAAUGUGUUGAUCCGGAAGGAAAUGAAGGUAAAUGCACAAGUGUGAGGAAUUGCAAAUCUUUCGUGAAUCUGAUAAAAAAGUCUGACAUACGAAAUCCAGAAACAGAAAAGCACUUGAAUGAGUUUCGAUGUAGUACCGUUUAUGAUCCUGAUAUCAAAGUCUGUUGUUCACAAAUAGAAAAUGGAAUAGAGGUAGAUGACAAUGUCAGUCUCACAGAGAAACAUGUAGUCGAUGACAGAUACUCACAUUCCUUAAACAAUCCACGUUUACAGAAUUGUGGUGUGCAGACAGGCGAUAACAGAAUUUUUGGCGGUGUGGAAACGAACCUUGAUGAAUACCCAUGGAUGGCCUUAUUGAAAUAUCAAAAAGCUCUAGGCGGAUUUUCGUAUGGUUGUGGAGGUGCUUUGAUUCAUUCCAAAUUUGUGCUUACUGCAGGUCAUUGUCUGGAUCCUAUUAUUCUCAAGAGUAAAGGUUUACGUAAAAUUCAUCGCAUCAUACUUGGAGAGUACGAUACCAGAAAUAAAACUGAUUGUUUUUACAUGAAAUACGGUACAGAUUGUGCAGAUCCGGUCCGAGAGAUUGAAAUGGAGUCCUUUCUUAUUCAUCCGGGAUAUAUUUCUGGAUACACGGAUCACGACAUUGGAAUCAUCAGAUUACGGGAAGUAGUUGAGUUCACAGAUUUCAUAAAGCCAAUUUGUCUGCCUCCUCCAACGCUGGAACUGAAGGAGAAAGAUAUAUUCAUGAUUGCCGGAUGGGGAAAAACGUCCAAGGAAAAAAACAGUUCUGUCAAAAGGAAGGCUCGAAUCGAUGUUGUUCAGAAAGAGAAAUGCAACGGAUACUCGGAGCGAUCAUUAGAUGAAAGCAAACUAUGUGCAGGAGGAACAGGUGAUGGAGUAGACGCUUGUUUUGGGGAUUCCGGAGGUCCUUUGAUGCUUGGCCGGAAUGUGGAGAACAGAUACAUCAAUUUUGUUGUGGGUGUUAUAUCUCACGGGUUUGGGUGGACUUGUGGAGAUAAGCCUGGAGUGUAUACAUAUGUGCCAUAUUAUGUUGAAUGGGUACAAAGUAAUUUGGUGUUCUGAAGAGGGAUAGUACAAAACUAUAAGAAACGAUGAAGAGGCUGGAGAGUUCGAUGAAAAAUGACUGGGAAGACAGAAGUAACUAUGUAGUAGCAAAAGUAUAUUGGAACCGUUUUGCUGUUCGAGAAAUAAAGAGUAUCUUCAGAGAAGAAAUCUAUUGAUGAGAAUAGAUAUUAAUUCAUAAUAUUUGCUAGUUUUUGUUCAAGGAUCGAUAAGGUUUUUUGAUAAUAAAGUAUCAAAGAUUUAAUAUGAUCAAGUCAGCUGAAGAAAUAAAUCCCUUGAAAUUUU